GGGGUGUCGCCAUCAAAUGCAGGGUAUCACACACUCAGAGCCCGGGCAGUUAAGUUUCAGCGUUCGGACGGAUUUCGCAUGGGGGCUUGCUCUCGACGUUCACCUCUUUGACUGGGGCUUGUGGUCGUUGUCAGCUCGGGUCCGACUUUUUUGUUCUCUCUAUCAGUCUGCGGGUCAGCCAACUUUUCACGUUCAUUAACGGCUCUGUGACGAUUCGUGUGCCUCGAUGGUCGCAUUUAACAUCACCGGCGAAGACUAUUCGCCCCUGAUCACAUAUUCGCCGGCGAAUGCAUGGAACGACUCGCCGAGCACGAACAGUUUGGUUUCGUCCUCCUCGGCCCAGAGCCUUCAUGCAACGACUGCGCAGGGCGCGACUGCUACGAUUUCAUUCACGGGCACGGGGAUAUGGCUCAUGGGCAGCAAGGGACCAAACUAUGGCGGAUUUACCAUUUCGGUUGAUGGACAGAAUGCACAAACAGGAACUGCGCAGCAGGGCACGGCUGCAGCAGGUCAACUGCUCGUCGGCGUAUCUGGCCUUUCCCUGGGCUCGCACCAGGCUGUCUUGACGAGCACGGGCCCGGCGUUGGACUUGGACUCGUUUAUUUUUGAAACACAAGUCGACGGAACAACGGUCUCAAACUCGACAGUCGACGACGCUGAUAGUUCCAUCUCGUAUGGUCCAUCCGCGAGCGACUGGAGCACGAACACGGGCAACGGCUUCCUGUCAAACACCCUCCACUUCACGCAAACCGGAGGCGCAACCGCUACGUACCAGUUCCAAGGCAAUGCGGUUGCAUUAUUCGGCACCGUUUCGCCGGAUCAUGCCAACUACACAAUAAGCAUAGAUGGGCAGAGUCAGAGCUAUGACGGUGGCAGCAACACGGUGGCCGAGUUACGCUCGCAGUCCCUCUUGUACUUCGCAGGAAACCUAGGCUCGCAGCAGCACACGCUGGUUCUCACCGCCAACCCUGAUCAGGCUGGUCAGCAGAACACUGGGAAAUUCAUGGACCUCGACGCGAUCACCGUAUGGACCGGCACAGGCACUGAUAGCACCGCCAGUCCCACUCCCAGCUCCAGCAACAACGGGAGCAGCGCUGGGGACAGCGGUCACGGCGGCAGCAGUGCAAACGACACUAGUGGCUCGCAAACCGCCCAUGGCCAUUCGUCGAAAGGCAACAUGGGCCUCAUCAUCGGUGCCAGUGUUGGUGGUGCCAUCUUCGUCCUUCUCGUCCUCCUGGGUCUAUUCUUCUUCCUCCGGCGUCGCAAGGCUAGCAAGAAGCUUCCCUUGCCCCCGAUGACCCCGGCGCUUCCCCUGCAAGGCGGACCAGGAAUGGCCGAAGCCGGUUUCGGACGCGUUACCAACCCGGGCUCCCCUUACGCGAACAACGAGAAGUUGGCGCCCUUUGUCCGUCCUAACCCAGUGCCCACUUUCAGUGCUCCGGUGCCAAACGCGCCCGCGCCGCCGGUCAAGGACUUCAGUUCACAUUACGAGAUUCUCAACAAGUCCUUGACGGACCUGUCCGCCGCCAGCCACGGGCGUAGCCUGUCGCUAGAGAGCAUGGAGUCCCGGGCCUCGGAGAAUUCCCGAUUCGGCCUGCUUCACAAAGCAAGUCUUUCGAAGCUGAAACGCGCUGCCACUGCACAGGCUCAGGAGCCGCCGAUUCCGAGAAUAGGUUCUCCACCCGUUCGCUCAAAGAGGACUGCAAAAGGUGCCAAUGAGCCAUAUGGGAUGGGAAGAUCCCUGACCUCGGGGGCACCUAGCCGACCAUCAACCCGACCUCCAAGCCUUGCGCUCUCUACAGUCAGUGGGAAACCUAGCGCGGCGAAUCUGAUGCCGCCUCGCCCGAGUCGCCCGUCGAGCCCACACUUAUCGGCUAUCGAUCAACCGGUGGACCCUCGCGGUCCUGCACGUCCGUCUCGACCUUCCAGCCUUGAGUUGAUGCCUAUGGAAUGGACGUCUGAAUUUGCGAAGUAAAAGGGCAUUGUUGAUUCUUGUAUACUGGGCUUGUGCUUGAUUGACAUCAUUCCUCCGCGUCUGGUAGCAGUAGCGUCGUGUGAUAUUUAUACACAAGCAUCACAGAUCUAUCAUUACAA